AUGGCGCCCUCGCACUCCAGCAGACGGGCGAAGACCGACACCGCCUGGGACAACGAGUACGACACGGUGCGCCGUCACAAUCUCUUCCAGAACCCCCCAACCGACCACACCGCCUUCCCGACCCUCGCCGCAGCCAUCGAGCCGCACACCCACUCUUUCAAUGCCAUUUUUGCGAAGAACGGCCUGCUGGAGAAUGGUCUCAAAGACAUUGGCAUCAAGACUUUCCUCGAUGGCGACAGCACCACCGUCGGUCCCCGCAAUCGUCUCAGCGUGCGCGUUCGCGACAUUUACCUCGAGAAAGCCGUCCUCCCCACAAGCAACAAGAUUGCUUUGAACGACCGGAGAAUCCUGCCCUCGGAGUGCCGUGAGAGGCAUGCCACAUACAGAGGAAAGAUGCGCGCGCGAUUGGAGUGGCGCAUCAACUCCGGCGAAUGGCAAUCUUCAGUCCGCGAGCUUGGGCAGGUGCCCAUCAUGCUCAGGACAAACAAAUGUCACCUCGAGGGCCUGACUCCUUCUGAGCUCGUCUGCGCGAAGGAGGAGACUGAAGAGUUGGGAGGAUAUUUCAUCGUAAACGGCAACGAGAAGCUCAUCCGUAUGCUCAUCGUCGGCAGGAGGAACUUCCCCAUGGCCAUCAUUCGUCCCUCCUUCAAGAACCGCGGCCAGUCGUACACAAAGUUCGGUAUCCAACUUCGCUCCGUCCGCCCCGAUCAAACUUCGCAAACCAACGUCCUCCACUACCUCAGCGACGGAAACGUCACUUUCCGUUUCUCGUGGCGUAAGAAUGAGUACCUCAUCCCGGUCACCAUGAUCCUGAAGGCGCUUGUCGACACCAACGACCGCGAAAUUUUCGAGGGACUUGUCGGCGCUGCUGGCUCCAAGGGCCUGGCAGACAAGCAGUUCGUCACUGACCGCGUUGAACUGCUUCUCCGGACAUACAAGGCGUACGGCAUCCACAGCAAGGCCAAGACUCGAGCAUACCUUGGCAGCAAGUUCAGGGUUGUUUUGGGGGUUCCAGAUGAUACGAGCGACGAAGACGCGGGUACCGAGUUCUUGCGGAGAAUCGUCCUGCCCCAUCUGGGAUCGUUCGAUGUAACGGAGAACGAUGACAGGAGCAAGUUCAAGCUCUUGCUCUUCAUGAUCAGGAAGCUCUACGCACUUGUCGAAGGAGAAUGCGCAGUUGACGACCCUGAUGCUGUCUCAAACCAGGAGAUUCUUCUCGGAGGCUUUCUUUACGGCAUGAUCAUCAAGGAGAAGAUUGAGGACUGGCUGAUGUCGAUCCGCGUAGUUGCGUCGGAAUGGUGCAGGAACACCCGGCUAACGUUCACUGACCCGGAGUUCGAGAAGGACUUCCUGCCAAAGAUUGUAAGGAGAACCAACGAAAAUAUCGGCAACGCUAUGGAGUAUUUCCUCUCAACUGGCAACUUGCUCGAGGACAGCGUGGUGGUCCAGCUCGAUGGCCGGGUUCUCGGUUACUGCUCGCCCAAGCAGGCCAAGGUCAUCCACGACACGCUUCGUUACUGGAAGGUCGAGGGCACUCACAACGUCCCCAAGGAGCUUGAGUUGGGUUACAUCCCGAACACAAACGGUGGCCAGUAUCCCGGUAUCUACAUGUUCAGUCAGCCCGCUAGGAUGUACAGACCUGUCAAGUAUCUUCCUCUGGAUAGCCUCGACUACGUCGGUCCCUUCGAGCAGCCCUACAUGUCCAUCGCCUGCACCGAGCCCGAAAUUGUCUCAGGUGACUCUACGCACGUUGAAUUCGACCCUACAAAUAUCUUGAGUGUGCUGGCGGCGCAAACCCCGUACUCCGACUACAAUCAGUCCCCUCGUAACAUGUACCAAUGUCAAAUGGCGAAGCAAACGAUGGGUACAGCCGGUUCGGCGAUUGCAUAUCGAACCGACAACAAAUCCUACCGGCUGCAAACCGGUCAGACGCCAAUUGCCCGUCCGCCUCUGUACAACGAAUACGGUUUCGAUAAUUUCCCCAACGGCAUGAAUGGUGUCGUUGCCGUCAUCAGUUACGUGGGCUAUGACAUGGACGACGGUUUCAUCAUGAACAAGUCCUCGCACGAAAGAGGAUAUGGCCACGGUACAGUCUACAAGACGAAGAAGAUUGAACUCAACGAAAGCUCCAGGACGAAAGGAACCAAGAAAGUGUCAAAACUCUUCGGGUUUGCCCCUGACGGUCUCAUCAAGGCAGAGUGGCGUCUCAAGCUCGACGACGACGGCUUGCCGCACAUUGGUACCCUGCUGCAAAAGGGCGAUGUCCUCUGCGCAUACCAUCACGUGACUUACGAUGCCGCAAGAGGAGAGUACAUCAACAAGGACGGCCAAACUCACUUCGAAAAGUACAAGGAUGAUGAGACCGGCUUCGUCGAGCAGGUCCGUCUCAUUGGAUCGGAGACUGGAAAUGAGCCGCUCCAGGCCAUCAGCUUGACGAUCCGCAUAAGCAGAAGUCCGGUGAUUGGUGACAAGUUCUCCUCACGUCACGGACAGAAGGGUGUCAUGUCUCAGAAGUGGCCGGGCAUCGACAUGCCAUUUACGGAAUCGGGAAUACAGCCUGACACGAUCAUCAACCCUCACGCUUUCCCUUCCCGUAUGACCAUCGGCAUGUUUGUGGAGUCGCUGGCCGGUAAGGCCGGUGCGCUGCACGGUCUCGCGCAGGACAGUACGCCCUUCCGUUUCGAUGAGCGCAACACUGCAGUGGACUACUUUGGCGAGCAGCUCGCAAAGGCGGGCUACAACUACUACGGAAACGAACCCAUGUACUCGGGCAUCACUGGCGAGGAGCUCCACGCCGACAUCUACAUCGGCGUCGUCUACUACCAGCGUCUGCGUCACAUGGUCAACGACAAGUACCAGGUUCGUACCACCGGUCCCAACAACGCGCUCACCGGCCAGCCCAUCAAGGGUCGUAAGAAGGGUGGUGGUAUCCGUAUCGGAGAGAUGGAGCGUGACGCCCUGCUCGCCCACGGAACCGCCCACUUGCUCCAGGACCGUCUUAUGAAUUGCUCGGAUUAUACUCGCGCUUGGGUCUGUCGCGAGUGCGGCUCCUUCCUCAGCACCGCGCCGACGGUGAACGGCUACGGCCGCGGCAAGCGUGGUGGCAACAUCACCAGGUGCAGGCGCUGCGCCAAGCCGGCCGAGGGGUGGGAACCGAAGAGUGAGGUCUGGGAGGAUGGCCAGGGCAUGAGGUUUACCGGUGGCGAAAACGUCUCGGUCGUCGCUAUUCCUGGAGUGCUGCGUUACCUGGACGUGGAGCUUGCGUCGAUGGGCGUGAAGAUGAAGUUCAACAUUGGUGAGGCUUAG